AUGAAGUUUGGAUGGGCUUCAAGGCUGGUGCACUAUAUACUGUGUUUUCAGCUUGACUGCAAGAAGAAGUUUGAGUUGUGGAGUCUCGUAGGUGUUGAACCAUUGAGGUUUUCUCUGCAUGAAUUUGAAGAGAUAACUGGCCUGAACUGCGAGUAUGUGAAGAAUCUCGAGAAUCCGUUGGUUGAGGUAACGACUGACAUGAAAGCAUUUUGGGCGCAGAUGGGAGUGAAUUUCGACCGGGGGCCAAUGUAUCUAGCCAUCUACGCUGGCUUCAUCGAAGCAGCAAGAACCUCGUCACCCACAUGGGCUAGCCUGACUAGGUUAGUGAUGGAUCUAGAUGCUUUUGAAGAUUAUCCGUGGGGAGGAGUAGCCUUUAAAUUCUUGAUGGAGUCGAAGGACUUGACAAAGACGUAUGCUAUUGAAGGCUUUGUUCAGGUUCUUCAAGUUUGGGUCUACUGUUGUCUCCUUGAAUUCGGAGCUGGGUUUGGUCACCCUAUAGAAGGUUCUCCGACCCCACCUCUACUUGCCUUCUUAGGUGGCAAAGGCAAGAGAAGGCUCCAGGAGAAUAUGCUGAAACAGACUAGGACUAAGAACUUUACUAUGAAGGAUUACUCUGAAAUGUUCCCUCGCUGGGAUGGUGAGCUGGAAGAUGAGAAGGCUGAUAACAUAGUGAAGGCAGUGUUUUCUUCAGGCUGGGCAUGGGAACAAAGUCACUGGCCUCUUGUCGGAACAAAACUGUGGACAAAUGUGAAGGUGGAGAUCCAUCCGAUGAAGACAGAAGCUGGUCAGAUGAUGCGAAGCUUGAAGACAGUGUCCCCUUCUCGCACACAGUCUGAUGCAGAAUCACGCAAGAAGGCUCGUGAGUCCCCUGGACUGGAUGUGGAGACCAUGAAAGGAGAAAUAAUGCGAGAACACUCUGAAGACACAAUCCCGCAUGAUUGA